AUGUCUUCCACAGGGAAUCACCAUGCCACAACAUUCCCAGUUGUGCCUCCAUCUCUCUCCGCUGGCGAUCAUGGGAUGCGAGAUUAUUACACAGCCGAAGAUAAUGCACCACGCGUAACACCGAACACAGUUCAAAACAUCACACCGUACCUCGGAUUACGCUCUCGAUUAUCGCAAGUCUGGAUCAACAGAUGGACCGUACUCUUAUUUCUCAUUCUCGUUCGAGUACUUAUUGCUAUUUCUGGACUUAACCAUGACCUUGCUUCAGCCAAGACCGAAGCGAUGUCUGCUUGCUCAGGAGAUGAAUCGAUGGGCAGUGCUAUGGCUUCCAUGCCUCACUACCUCUCAGGAGGGGUAAAUGAGCUGGCUGCUGCUGGCGUAGAGAAGGCUGUUCAUGGCCUCAUGUCACUCCUCCUCUUGACCAUAACUGGCGUCGAAGAGUUGAUAGUCUUCUAUGUAAAUAUGUUGACCUCCACAUACAUGUGCUUGAUCACUCUUGCAGUUAGUGGAAGUCUGCAUGUUGUGUUGAAAGUCAUCGAAGAUGUCGCAGACUUUGUCAACAAGACGCUGAAAGGCAUCAGCGACGACAUUGGAAAGGCCGUCGAUGGGUUCGAAGGCGACUUCAACAAAUUCACCGGUGCCCUCAACAGUAUCCCAAAGGUUUUUGGUGGCGGCGAUGGAAAAAUACCGAAGAUCAAUUUGGACGCCGAGCAGAAAGCACUCACCACUCUCCAGCUCCCGUCUGGACUGGACGCGGACCUCCAGAAGCUCAACAAAUCAAUCCCCGAUUUUCACGAGGUUCAAGACUUCACUGAUGACAUCAUUCGACUACCUUUCGAAGAGGUCAAGAAGCUCAUCAACGGCUCCUUACAUUUCAACUUUAACCGGUCGAUGCUCCCCGUACCAGACAAGCAAAAACUCAGCUUUUGCACGGACGAUAGCGAGAUACCUAAGUUCUUUGACGGUCUAGCCAAGUUAGCAUACGACGCCCGUAAGGUGUUCAUUGCUGUUCUAGUCAUUGCUGCAAUUGCUGUCUGCAUUCCAAUGGCGUAUCGGGAAAUGCGUCGCUUCAGAAUCCAAAAGGAACGCUCUGGGCUAGUUCGCGAUCAUUCUUUCGACCCAAUGGAUGUCAUCUAUAUUGCUUCGCGACCAUAUUCCGCAGGCGCUGGGAUCAAACUCUCGAGUCCUGUCAAGGACACUACUCGCCAAGUUUUAGUCCGUUGGGUCGUUGCGUACGCGACUUCAACACCAGCCUUGCUUGUACUGUCACUGGCAAUUACAGGCCUGCUGUCUUGUCUUUGUCAAUACGCACUGCUCAAAGCAAUUCAAAAGGAAGUCCCUGUGCUCGCAAACGAGGUUGGUGCAUUCUCAGAUAAGGUAGUAGGCGCCUUGAACAACGCUUCAGCAUCCUGGUCGAAUGACACCAACCACGCAAUCUUGAACGUCAACGAUGGCAUCAAUCACGAUGUCUUUGGAUGGGUCAAUACAACGACGGGUGCUGUCAACAAAACGCUUAAUUCAUUUGUUGAUCACACCACCGAUGUGCUCAACAAGACCUUUGGCGGCACCGUGCUUUAUGACCCCAUUACUGAAGUGUUCAAUUGCCUCAUCGGCUACAAAAUUCAGGGCAUCGAGAAGGGCCUUACAUGGGUUUCUGACAACGCAAAGGUCACCUUUCCCUUACUUCCGAAUGAUACGUUCAGCUUGGGCGCCGCCGAAGCCAUGGGCGAUGACUCUCCAGAUAACGAAAAAAGCCAGAGCUUUCUAGCCAACCCAGGUGACAAAACAACGAGCAAGAUCACCGGUGCAGUCGCAAAAGUCGUCCAGCAUCUUGCUGACGGCAUCCGUACAGAAGCAAUCAUCUCGACAUGCAUCCUGCUUGUUUGGUUCAUCAUCUUGCUUUUUGGCAUUUGUCGAGCAGUUUGGCUCGCUUCCCGCGGCAACAAAGUCCGUGCAGAGGGAGGACCUGCUCCUUCUAAUGGCGUAUCACGUGAGCUUCGACCUAUGACAGUAUUGGAUGGACCAGCUCCGGCAUAUGAGCCACCCGCGAGUGCUGAACACGUUGGAUCUAACCCAUUCGUUGAUGCUGCAAAUGAUCCCGUACAUGCUGCACACCGCCACAUAGGUCGAUCAAGUAUUUCUGGUGAGCACCGCUGGCAAGACGAGAAGCUAGGUUUCGCGGGACAGCGAGCUCCUACUAUGGAAGACUCACACGUUGAGACAUUGAGAAGAAGUGUCUACCCAACAUUUGGAAAGACCGGAUAA